UUUUUCUUCAUUUUUAUUGAAUAUUUUAUAAUAUGAUAAAUGGGAUAAUACUCUCAUGUAUCAUCAGGGCUUGAGUAGAUGACCUACUAGUGUGCAAGAUUAUCAGCAAGGAUGAAUCCGAGCUGGAAUUGCAGCCUUAGCGUCUCCAGGUGAUGGAAUACCUGGAAUACUUGACAAGCUCAAAUAUCUUUCCCGAUACUGAGAAUAAUUGAUUUAUGGGUUGGGUGAUCACUAUGUGUUCUACAAACCACAUUGCCAAGGUUUCACAUGGCUAGCCGUAGCUACCUAAUAACACUUAUAGCUUCUAGCCACCCAUCUAUUGUAUAUUUUCAGCUUCCACCAACUCAAGAUUGACAUUUUCAUUUAUUAGUAAUCAAUUGUUC